GCCUGCAAAGUAUUCUAUAGCUCAAUAAAAGCACGCUGAAAAUCGCAUACACCACGUCCCGCAACGCCGACAGAGCACGCGGGUGAAAGAAAAAAGAAAAAGAUCGCAAGACUUCGUUGAAAUUUUUCUUUGGAGCCGAUGAUAGUGAUCCAUACAUUGCAAGAAAUCAAGAAACCCUGUUUAUGGCGUCAAUGGUUGUGUUUUUGUGCAUGACUGACCAAAUGUAAAACCCGCGAAAAUGAUACGCCACAACCAAGCCAAUGCUGUCGUCGCUCGUCGAAUGGAAGGAACCGCAAUGAAUGGACCGUCUAAUAAAAUGACCCAUGAGGCACAUAGGUUACCAGUGGCCGACCUUGGUUCUGUUGGAUCUGAUGAACCGUUGGACCUCAGCAAGCCGCUUGACCUGUCUAAAAAGAGCAACAAUUCCACUGUUCCUGCUGCACCACAGUCCUAUGUGUCCAACGGAACACCGCGUCAUGUCCAGUCUGAGGUCCAACCAAUCAACCUUCACACUAACUUUAACGGAAUGGACCAAACUAAAGUGCCUCCACUACGAUCGACAAAGUAUCCUCUACAAAGAGGAUUGGCGUACGUUCAGCCUCGGAAAGCACAGUUCUCUCGCAGUGGAGGAAGCGCAGAGGGAUCUGUUCCUGUUCCGCAAGCCAGCAAGAGUCCUCAAGCAAAGACCGGUGGCGCUGAUCGACAGGCCAUGAUGAAUUACGCAGCCAUGCAACAACGUGUUCGUACGGAGGCAGCUAACAUCGCAGCCUUGCAAGCUCAAGCUACGAAUGCAGCACAGGAAGCUGUCAAACAGGCUAUGGCCCGACAUGCAGCUACUGCUGCAGCCAAGCAGGCGAGGAAGGAAAUGGCGAAAUCGACGGUACCGACUGGUGAUGUCAACUACCGAUCUCAUAAUACUAGCAGGGUGUUUGAUGCUCAUAGGAAGAGCCUGGACACAGCUCGUACAGCUUCUGUUAAACCUGUACAACGGAUGUUGUCACCUUCGGAUAUUCGGACAUUAGCCAUUGAGAGGCAGCUCGCUCAGUUAUCAGCAAUGCAGUCAGACCAAGAUCUACUACGCGCAUAUCGUCAAAUGAUGUCAUUACCGAAAGCAAGUUCUGAUGUUUUUGCUAAACAAAUACCUAAUCGUCUGCAUACUUGCACCUCGUCAAAACCUUCCUCUAGCCAUGAACCAUUACUGCAGAAAAAACAUUCAGGGGCAACAGACGGAUUUAUGGGAAGGAAUAAUGAAGCCAAGCAAGCACAAUACACUCCUCAACAACAACAGAUUAUUGACUCCCACAUUGCUGCUGCAAGUAAACCAAGUGGAUUUGCUGCACAGGUUAGAGCUAGAGAGCAGGAGAUGAUCAAACAACAACAAGACUUGAUCAUGCGUCGGCAACGUCAGCUCAUGAAAGACGUAAAUAAUAAUCGUCGACUGUUGGAUUACGCGAAGAACGAACGUGAUCGUAAAGAAAUGAUGGCUGAAUUUAACAGUAAACGUUUAGCCAAUCGGGCUAUCCACGACGAGGAAGCUUUUGUAAAUAAGCUCGUCAGGCAAAGAGCAGUUCGCGCCCAUCCUAGUCCAGAAUAUCUAGAAGCUAUGGCUGCGUACAACGCAGCAAGGACAGGUCAAAGUCAAAAGCAUACCGUCAGAAAUAUUCCACACACGAUGUCUCCACCACCAAGGCAUGGUAUUUCUGUACCACAGGCUAACAAGAAACCCUCACCAUCUAUCUCCCCUCUUGAAGAUCGCAGUGCAGUCAGUACACGCUCUCCACAUGCAGAAGUCAACUCUUUAUCAGAGAUGCGCCGAACCAUUAAACGCCCAUCUUCCAGCCCACAUGAUGAACCAGUUCAGAGGAAAAUAAGAUCAACAUCCUCCGACACCAGAGCCGUCAAUGUUUUUCACAACGCUAUUGCUGAAGUCCAGAGAAGUGUCGCUGCACAACAGAUGCUUUACAAUUCCUAUAAAGGCGUGGCUGCAAAGAAACUGUCAAGUAUCCCUGUCAGAGAGCGUCUUCUGAUGGCCCGGAUGUCAGAACGUGAUCGUCAUGAACUCAUGGUUGCACAGAUGAUGGAAGAGCGGGCAAUACGAUCAUUAAAGUCAGAUUCUCGCUUGGGACAUAAGAGAAUGCAGAGCAAUAUCUCACCAUCCGUAGAAGAUGCAUCAUCGCACAGUGUAAGACAAUCUCGCGAAAACAUAGCAAAAUCUACGGAUAAUCCCACCUUGAGUAAUAACUUUCCCAGCUCGUCGCAAAAUAGAUUGCCACAAAACGAUGUGUCACAACGGUCAGUCAUGAACGAAAAUGCAACUGCCGACUAUUCACGCAAGCCUCAUUUUGCUAAACAAAACGGUGAAGCGGUAGGACAACCUGAAGUGAAAAGAAGUAGUCGACUUCCAUCCUAUGACGAUGCGAUUGCUGCCCAAAGGUCACUUUCAUCAGCAGAAAAGAAAGUCACUCCUGAUGUGAUGUCUACUGUAGCCCGUCAGCUGGUUUCCUCAAGUCAGGACUGGUUCAAAAAUUAUCUCUCUCGAGAAAUGGAACUUCAAGGAAAUAAUGUCCUCCAGUCGGAUAAAACACAAAAUAAGAUAGCGUCUGCUGAUCACAAUCCGUUUUCGAAAAACAAUUCUACUAGUGACCGGUUGACAAUGUCUCCUGUGGUAGAACUGACUAGGAAUUCAAAGAAAGAACACAAGCCUGAGAGCGAACCAGCAGAAAACGUUGAAGAAAGGAAGUGCUUGCCGGUCAAGGAGACAAGGAAAUCAUCCCCUACACUUCCAGUCACCCCACCUAUCCUUGAUGCCCUCGGUUUAGGUGGGCGCUUGCCACCUGGAGAGAACUCUAAGGAGGAAGACCCAGAAUUGAAAUCUGCCAUUGACGUUAAAAGGUCGUUUGGGAAACCUUUCUCUGAUGUCUAUCUUACACAGUCAUUCCAACCAGCAGCAGAUAUAAAACCGAUUUCUUCUCAACCCAAACCAAAACGCAAGGUGAAGCCAUUCACACCUGAGAAAGCAGUCGAGGAUUCGAGGGAAAACGGAAAUGCGAGUGAAGAGCAGAAGAAAUCAGAUGCACCGUCUGAUGUCAAGAACGAAGGUGAAGAAAGUCACAAGGUGAAUGAUCUGAUGCAAGCUGAUACAGCAUCGCUUGGAAGCAAGGAACGUGCUUUACAGCGAGCCAUCAUUAGAUUCAACGAAUCAGAAAAACAGCUCUCGGGUGGCGACAAAACAGAGAAGACACCCAGUCCAGGGGAAAAUGGCAAAACUAGUCCUCGAUUAAAACAAGUGCAGCGGAGAAAGAGACGAAAGCUAAGCAAGUUCAGAAGGCGGAUACGACUACAGCGAUCAGUGUCAAAUGUUCCAGUUCUUCAGAGUGGCAAGAAGAGAGGUCGGCCUCGUAGGUCAUCCUUGCCACCAUCUACAGACAUGGCAGCCAUGAUGAGGUCGAGGUUCCAAGACUUUAUUCCUACUAUCUUAGAAAGACGAACGAGAAAUUCUGGAUCAGAUCGAAUAAGGAAUUAUCGCUCGAUGUACGACGCCCGUAACAUUCGUUACGAACUGGAGAUCGAGAAGGAACAUGCAAAAGUGAUGGAGAGACGGCGUCGACUUCGAGAGUGCACCAAUAUGGAGAAUGUCAGCGCUACGGAGACAGACGACACCGCACAGGAUGAAGACUACGCACCUCAGACGAAGAAACCACGUGGUCGCCCAAGAUCCAAAUCUAAAGACGAGAACACUCCAACCACUUCAAAGGCUUCAAAGCAAAGUAGCCCGGGACCACCGCCAGGCGAAGGAACAACAACAGAUACAGGCCUUGAAAAAGAAUCGGACAGUCCGACCAAACCACUGCGAGUCGUUCUAGACCAGAACACACCCAAUCAUAUUAAACUGAAAUUCGUCAAUCUUCGCAGUAUAAGCACCAACGAGAAACAGGAGGAGGAGGAAGAGAUGCCUCCAUCCCGGCCACGCCGGCGGGGAAGACCACGCAAGUCCGCCCGGAAGUGUAAGCGCAAGACGAAAAAUCUCGGCCCGCCGAAAUCCCCGGAACCACCUAAGCUUGAGAUCAUGUCGCCACGCGAAGAUAAAGAAAAUGAAAGCGACUACGAAGAUUUUGUACAGGAUCCCGACUAUGAUGUGAUUAACCCGGAAGUGACAUUGCCAGAGUAUGCAAGGGUAAUCAGACCGGAUCCUCCUCAAGAAAUGAAACGCUUUCCACUCAAUAAGAAACUAGGAGAGACUGUCCUUCAUAGAGCAGCAUCGCAAGGAAAUAUGGAAAUACUUUCGUAUUGCAUCGACUACCGGGUCGUUGACGUGAACGUUCGUGACAAUGCAGGUUACACGGCAUUACAUGAAAGCUGUGUCGAAGGCCACAUCGACGUCGCUCAAUAUCUUCUCAGCCACGGGUCCGACGUCAACGCCAGCGCCGCAGACGGUACAAGGCCCAUCCACGACGCUGUUGAUAAUGAUCGAGUAGAGCUAGUCAGACUUCUGUUAGCGUAUGGUGCUGAUCCCUUCCUUGCCACAAACACAGGGCGUCAGGUUACCAAGUUAGCCCUCAACAAGAGCAGCGAAAUGAAGACAUUAAUAUUCGGAUAUUUGCAGGAUGUCAAUGGGGACAGGUCAAAGCUGGAACACGCUCCGCAACACGCUCUUGAUUACCAGUGGAGUUUCAACGGAUCAUGCAGUGUAUUCGAAUCGAACAGCAGUUCUGAGACAUACAUCUUUGCUGAUGUCCCUGGACCUGAUGAAAUGAAGAAACAAGAGAGUGGUGACGAAGAUGAAGGAGUAUUCUUUGAAAUGAGUGAUAAAGCCAUCCUACCGUCUUACAAUAUUCGCAUGGACAAUGAUGAUAAAUUCCGAAACUGGCUGCUGUUCUCUGACGUUUCAGAGCGACUAUCCGUGACAAAAGAAGAGCUUCUGAAGACGUACCCGGAUCUGGAGCCUGUCUCACUGUCGGAGUGUCAGUUCCGCCAAGCAGCUCAAGAAUCUCAAAUCAUGAAGUCGACACUGAAGAGAAGCAGAGAGGAUGACAGCAUUGUUGACCCGGAAGUGAAAGGUGAAGAUGUUGUAUUACUCGAGUUGAAUGAUAGCCUCAGGAACAUUCUUGGUAUGGAAUUGAAGUACGUGAGGUGAUACCAAAACAAAAAUAUCGACAAGACUAGGGACUUGUUUGUGCAAGGAGCAACGUAGGAUGCAUGCAAAGUCAGAGACGGAACUCUCUACAAAGAGGACAGGAGUGUUAUUGAAAUACCACAUAUGGCUUGCUUUGGAAGCACCACAGUCUCCAGUGCCGGUUUAUGUUUCAGAACAUGGAACAAUCUCCCUUCGAAAUCGCUACAUUUGGAUAAUCUGAAAAGGUACUUUGAUUAUCCAUUGCCAAAGUACUUAUGAAAGUGAGAUGGGUGCUAAUGAUUUGAAUUCUUCAUGUCGGAUCCCUGUGGGUUUCUGUCAUGACCGUAUCCUGGAAGUGUAAUCAUCGGUACCUGAUUGCAAAUUGUGUAAUAAUCAUUAUUGGUAGUUAAGCAA